AUGGCUUCCUUUGUCGUGCACACCCAAUCAACUCUCCCCACCCCAAUUAUUCCCCCCUCCGCCGCCAACCGUCGCGUCUUCAGUCGUUCCCUCCCCUCGCUCCGCACCCAAUUCCGCCGCCCCCUCCAAACACCCAAACUCCUACACUUUUCCCCAAUUCAAUUAAAACCCUCGAAUUCAAUAGUUGCAUCCUCCCUCUCAACACCCCCGAUAAAACCCGCAAUUGAGCAGCCCGUUAGCGCGAAGCCGCCGCAUGACUUGCUAUCGGGCUCGACGAGGACCGUCACGACCCUCGUCGCCGUCGCCCUGACCGCAUCCAAGUUCCUCGCCCGGGGUCUCUUCACCCUGGCCGUGCAGCUGAAGGAGCCGCUACUCUCCUCCGCCAGACCGGCCUUCUUCGCGGCGGCGCAGGGGAGCCCUAGCACGCCGUUCACGGUGGUGGCUGUAGGGAUGUCCAAGUGGCUGGACCUGUAUGGCGGGAUUUUGCUGGUUAGGGUUUUGCUGAGCUGGUUCCCGAACAUUCCCUGGGAGCAGCAGCCUCUGACCGCCCUUAGGGAUUUGUGCGAUCCCUAUUUGAGCCUGUUUAGGAACAUAAUUCCUCCUGUUAUGAAUACCUUGGAUAUUAGCCCGCUCUUUGCUUUUACAGUCUUGGGAAUAUUGUCUGCCAUUUUGAAACUUGACGGGCCACCAUCUGAUCUCUAG